AUGGUUGCUUCAUUGGACGUCCAAGACAAAAUACUUGUAGAACUAAGCAAGUAUAAGAGAGUUGAAGCAUUGUUUGGACAACCUUUAGCAAUUAGACAAAGGGACAAAAUAUCUCUAGUGGAAUGGUGGGAUAAUUUUGGACAAUCAACUCCAAACUUGCAAAAGUUUGCUGUGAGAAUUUUAGGUCUUAUUUGUAGUGCUUCUGGAUGCGAACAUAAUUGGAGUGUGUUUGAGCAGGCUUGCUCAAAUCGUUUGAAUGAUUUAGUGUUCAUCAAAUACAAUAAAGCAUUAAAACGUCGAUACAACCUUCAAGAUAUCGUCGGUCCCAUCUCUUUAAGAGAUAUUGAUGAUAGUAAUGAAUGGUUGAUUGGAAGAUUGGAUGAUGAUUCUGAGGAGGAGGAUGAGCUGGUUUUUUACGAUGAUACUUUAACGUGGGGUGAUGUUUCAAGAGCUAUCGGAGCAAAAGAACCAACCUUCUAUUCUAAAGCUAGAGCCUCGGGAGCAAAGACUAAUGUUUCGUGUUCAUCCUCAUCAACCACACAACCCACACCCAAACAAAUAAAUUUGGAUGACUCUGAUCAGAAAGAAGAAGAUACUGAUGGCUAUAAGUCCAACGAAGGAGUGAAUGAAGAUGAGGAUCAAUUUAGUGAUGAUGAGUUUGAUCUUUAG